AUGUCAAAGAAGGGACCCAGCAGCAGAGCUAAGGCAGACCGAGCGGAGGCAUUUGCUUCAUUACAAGCCGCCAAUGAAGACCUGAGAGCAAAACUCACUGAUAUCCAAAUAGAGCUGCAACAGGAAAAGAAUAAGGUCAACAAACUAGAGCGAGAAAAAAAUCAAGAAAUAAAGCAACUUAGAGAGCACGAACAACAUAAGAAUAUUGUGAUCGUAACUGAACUAAAAGCUAAACUUCAUGAAGAGAAGAUGAAGGAGCUACAGUCCUUUCGAGAAACGUUGCUGCGACAGCACGAAUCCGAACUUGUCCGGGUUAUAAAAAUGAAAGAUGCUGAGAAUCAGAGACUUCAGGCUGUUGUCAAUGCGUUACGGGACGGUGCUCCUGAAAAAGUAAAAACAGUGCUUUAUAAUGAAGCAAAAGAAGAAGCCAAAAAAUUAUUUGACUUUGAAAAAAUCAAACUGCAACAAGAAAUGAUUGAAUUAAAAGCAGCUAAAAAGCAAGCGGAAGAGACCUUGGCAGUUGUGGUUCAAGCGGAUAAAAUGAAAGCUGCGGAAAUAAGAAGUAUCUAUCACAUGCACCAAGAAGAAAUCGCCAAAAUAAAGAGGGAAUGCGAGAGAGAAAUCCGUAGGCUGAUGGAUGAGAUAAAAUUAAAAGACAGAGCAGUCUCCAUGCUGGAAAAAGAGUUAGGGGUACAAGCUGGGUAUGCUCAGAAACUUCAACUCCAAAAGGAAGCGUUAGAUGAACAACUCGUCCAGUUCAAAGAGUCUGAUCGCCACCUGAGCAGUCCCAAACGGGAGCUCCCGUAUACAAGUGGUGCAGGAGAUACUUCAGAUCAUUCAGGAAGCCCUGAACAGCAGUUGGAUGAAAAAGAUGCACGUCGUUUCCAACUUAAAAUUGCUGAGUUAAGCGCAAGUAUCCGAAAACUGGAAGACCGCAAUGCUUUACUAUCUGAAGAGCGGAAUGAACUCCUGAAACGACUUAGAGAAGCAGAAAGUCAGUAUAAACCAAUUCUAGACAAAAAUAAACGUCUUAGUCGGAAGAAUGAAGAAAUGUUCAAUUCCUUACGUCGGAUGGAGAACAAGUUAAAGUUUUUAACUCAAGAGAACAUAGAAAUGAGGCAAAAAGUUCGCACCAUUAGGAGGCCGAGUUCCUUGAACGACCUUGACCAAAGCAGAGAUGAGAGAGAAAUUGACUUUUUGAGACUUCAUAUUAAUGAACAACAAAUUAUUAUUGAUGAACUUUCUAAGACUCUUGAAACCGCUGGCUAUGUCAAGAGUGUAAUUGACCGGGAAAAGCUUUUAAGAUUUAGGAAGCAGAGAAAGAAAAUGACGAAAAUCCCUAAGCCAGUAGUAGAGACAUUUUUUUGGUAUGAUGAAGAAGCUUCAUUGGAUUCAGAUGGUUCUUCAAUCUCCUGCCAAACCGACAGAACAGACCGCACACCCUGUACUCCAGAUGAAGAUGUGGAGGAGUGCAUGGCCAAAGAAGAAACAGAAUUGAGAUUCCGCCAGCUGACUAUGGAAUACCAAGCGUUGCAGCGAGCAUACGCUCUUCUGCAGGAACAAGUUGGUGGAACCCUCGAUGCAGAACGCGAAGUUAAGAGCAGUUACAAGCAGAUGUUUAGUAGAUAUCAGGCAAGGAUAGAAGAUCUAGAAAAGGCCAUUGCUGAGCAGGGUCAGGACACUAAGUGGAUUGAAGAGAAACAAGCACUAUAUAAAAGGAACCAAGAACUCAUAGAAAAAAUAAAACAACUUGAGACAGAUGAAGCCAAACUCAAGCAUGAUGUCCAAGAUGUGAAAGACCAAAAUGAGCUCUUGGAGUUUAGAAUCUUAGAACUUGAAGAAAGAGAAAGGAGAUCACCUGCGAUCACAUUUCACCACAUCCCAUUUACAGAAGGAAAAAGUCCCCUUCAGGUUUAUUGUGAAGCUGAAGGGGUUAUGGAUAUUGUUGUGUCAGAGCUGAUGAAAAAAUUGGACAUCCUCGGAGAUAACGCCAACUUGGCUAAUGACGAACAGGUGGUUAUUAUUCAAGCAAGAACUGUCCUAAAUUUGGCUGAAAAGUGGCUCCAGCAGAUAGAGGUGACAGAAUCUGCUCUUCAGCAGAAGAUGGUGGACAUUGAGCAUGAGAAAGAAUUGUUCACCAAGCAGAAAGGGUAUCUGGAAGAUGAGCUGGACUUCCGGAAACAGUCAUUGGAUCAAGCCCAUAAGCAUAUCUUAGAGUUGGAGGCAAUGCUAUAUGAUGCCCUGCAACAGGAAGCUGGUGCUAAGAUGUUCCAAAUACUUUCUGAGGAAGAAAGGGAGAAACUGAAAUGCGCAGUAGAACAGUGGAAACGUCAAGUGAUGAGUGAGCUUCGAGAAAGAGAUGCCCAGAUCUUGCGUGAGAGGAUGGAGAUUAUUCAGCAUGCUCAACAGAGAAUAAAGGAGCUGGAAGAAAAAAUAGAGUUUCAAAAAAGACAAAUUAAAGAGUUAGAAGAAAAGUUUUUAUUUUUGUUUUUAUUUUUCUCUUUAGCUUUUAUACUUUGGUCGUAGAUCGUCAGCACAUAAUGCUGGCCUGUAUGAAACCUGCUGUGAAUGGAAUUUUUUUACAAGAAAUGCACAAUGGACUUGUGUGCAUUGUUAGACACCCAAAAUCAAACUUUUUUUCUCCAAGUUCCACUGGUGAGGUGCUCCGCUGGAUUUGCAGCAAUUUGUGUACUAUAGAUUUAAAAGACAACAAUAAACUUAAUGCGUUGCAUAAAACAUUAUGCUACUUAAGAGUAAAUGGAUUUAUUUUGGUUUCCUGCUAAGCAGGUAGAAGAUUACUUCUAUUAAGAAGUGCACAUAUAUCAUAUCCAUGUUUACGUCAUCUUUUUUUAGUCACGUGCACAAGCAAAAAUUUACGAAAAAUGGAAACUUAAAGUUAUGGUAACGGUGUUGAAUCCAAUGACUAUUGGGAUACAACGUCCAAGUAUUUGAUUGUUUUUUGGAAUUAAUCAUGAUCUAUGGCUUCUCAGCAUUUAUUUAUUCUCAUCGGAAAAAAACAAACAAGUUUUGCUAUUAGAUUGUAGAUCAAUGGACAUAAAAGAAGUUAAACCAAAAAAUGUAAGAACACUUGGCACAGAAGUAAAGCACAAGGGGUAAAUACUGAAUGUCAUAAAAAUAUAAGGAACCAAAAAAAUAUUCUUGUUACUGGAAGAAAUCUUAAGGAAGAAGCACAUGCAAAAUUAAUGAACAAAGUGAAAACAUUUCUUAUUUUUUUUUCCAAAUUGUUUAAAAUCAACUUGAUGAAGUA